AAAAGAUGUUAACGGGAAAGUUUCUGAUUAUGAAAUCUUUGUUCUAGUAUUUAAGCUGAAAUCUGGCGCAGAAGUUAGUCAGUUGGAAAAAGUUUUUGCUUUUGAUUGAACUCGCCGAAAACCAGCUAUGCGCACUUUACGUUUUCACCUCGGUUUGAGUCUAUUCUUGAUGCUGGCGGUUGUCUCCACUGGAGAGUGCAGCAGAUUGGGAACAAUUGUGGAAUCCUUGUGGGCGCGACUGGAGCGAAUGUGGGAAAACAGCCUUCUCCGUGGUCCAUUGCAGUUCCUCUCUAAAUUACGCACGGUUCAACUAGUCCGCACUACAGUUCGCUUUCUCAUAACGACGUUCAUCAAACUUCCUUUCGAAGUAAUCUUGAAAGUGUUCGAUUUUGUCUGUCAAACCCUGCAGCGAGAAGGAGUGAUUGGAAGGUUGGGACUAAUCAAAGCCGAAGACCUGGCAGUAAUUCUUUUCGACGACGAGGGAUCGGAGAAAAUUCCGCUGCCAUCCUUUCCGAAAAUUUCAGAUAGUGCUAAGUUCAUUCCCAACGUCGACCUGGUCCUUUUCAUUCCAGGCUGGACACAGAAUGACGGGGCCUUCGACAAUGUAACGCAAGUUUUGGUUAAUGCGUUCGGUCAGAAAUACGACCGGGUUUUCGCGGUUAUGGAUUUGGGCGCAUCCUUGAAUAACUUGUACACUUGGUCGGCGUACAACGCGCGUGAAGUGGGGAACCUUCUCGGAAUUGCUUUAUCAAAAAUAGUAGCAAAGGUCAAACCCGAGAACAUUCACUUAAUAGGAGCCGGAUUGGGAGCACAAAUAGCUGGUUUCGCCGGAAAGAAAUUCGAAGGCAAGACGUCGAAAAAACUGGGAAGAAUAACUGGAUUAGAUCCUUCUCGCCCAUGUUUUGGCAACAGUGGAUUGGACUCCUCUGCUGCUGCUUUUGUGGAUAUAAUUCACACAUCGAAACUGUUCGGCUCAUUCGAGACGAGAGGACAUGUCGACUUUUUUGCAAAUCGAAUGUCGACAGUCCUCCCAGCGAAAGGCUGCGGAAGCUUCUUUUGCUUGCACCAACAGGCGGUCCUCUAUCUAGCAGAGGCGGUUAUCCCUGGUCAGGAAUAUAAUUUUUGUGCUGUAAAAUGCGAGUCUCGAAACCGCUUUGAAACAGGAUUGUGUGAGGGAAACAAAGAAAUAUUCAUGGGUCUGCUAACGCCUAAAGAUGCACGGGGCAGUCACUAUCUGAACACAAAUCUGCAAAGUCCAUAUGGGCGGUGUACACUUUCGCCUGACGACGCAACCACCGAAGGCACUUCAACUGAUAGUAGUGACUCUCCUAACAGUGAAACUACAUCUUCAAGUUCCAAGGGAGAUUCAGAUGCAAAAACGGAAUCACCCGAAGAACCAAAAGACACCGAAUCUCCAGAGAACCCACCUGAAGAAGAACCGACUGAAGCAGCACCUGAGGAGUAGAAACCUGUGGUUGCCUAAGUGCUUUUAGAUAUAACUAUUAUUAGUCCUAGUAGUUCUGGGGCCAACAUAUUAAAAUGUAACACUUUUUAAUGAAUAAUUGCGUUAUUA